AAUACAUUGAAACAGUAUUCUUCUCCUAUCCUCUGCCCUCUACUCUUUUCCUUCUUUCUAGGGAAAGAAGCAUUAACAAAGAAAUCUACCAAGAAAGUAUCUCUUUUUUUUUCCCUUAACACUGCUGUCACACUACCAAAUUGGACUAAGAACUAAAAAGGAAGCAGAAGCAAAUCAAGAAAAGAAACAUGUCAACAUCAACAUCAACAUCAUCACUAAUGUGGAGUAGAGAAGAAGAGAAAGCCUUUGAAAAUGCAAUUGCUAUUCAUUGGAUUGAGGACUCCAAAUUACAAUGGCAAAAGAUUGCUUCUAUGGUUCCAAGUAAAACCAUUGAAGAACUAAAACAACAUUACCAACUGUUAGUGGAUGAUGUUACUGAUAUUGAAGCUGGCAAUGUUCCAAUUCCAAUAUACACUGGAGAGGAAACAUCUUCAUCAACCAAAGAUAGCAGCCAUGGCUAUUCUGGGAUAUCGACCGGGCGGUCCAAUUGUGGUUAUGUAAAUGGAUUUUCAGCUAGUGUCCAUGACCAAAUUGGUCAAGGAGGAAAAGCAAGUUCCAAGUCUGAACAAGAAAGAAGAAAAGGAAUACCUUGGACUGAAGAAGAGCAUAGGUUAUUCUUGCUUGGUUUAGAUAAGUUUGGAAAGGGAGAUUGGAGAAGUAUUUCAAGGAAUUAUGUGAUUUCCAGAACACCAACUCAAGUGGCUAGUCAUGCCCAAAAGUACUUUAUCCGAUUAAAUUCCAUGAAUAGAGAUAGGAGAAGGUCCAGUAUACAUGACAUUACAAGUGUCAACAAUGGGGAGGUUGCUACAAAUCAGACUCCUAUAACAGGCCAACAAACCAAUCCAAGCCCAUCAAAUGCAGUUGGACCCAAUGUCGGGCAAAGAAACCAGCCCAAUAUGCAUGGUUUGAGUAUGUAUGGUGCUCCGAUGGGUCAUCCGGUCGCUGCUCCACCGGGGCACCACGUGUCAGCAGUCGGAACACCAGUCAUGCUUCCUCCUGGACAUCAUCCACCUUAUGUUCUUCCAGUUGGAUACCACAUGCCGCCGCAUCCUCUUCCGCCCAUGCACCAUCAAUAAAAGGGCGCGCAACACUAAACUUCCGCUAUACGCGGAUUCCGGGGAAGGGUCGGACCACAAGGGUCUAUUCCUGAAUUUCUACAAGAGGCUGUGUCCACGACUCGAACCGAUAAUCUCCUAGUCACAUGAAUUUUUUUUUUACUAGUUACGCCAAGACUACAUGCACCAUUAGUGAAUGCCACAUUUUCAGAGUCAAAAUGUUUUUGAGCUUCACAUGGAAUGUGGAUUUUUGAAAGGCUCAUGGCAUGUUUCUAAAUGUCAAAAGUGGUCUUAGUAUUAGUUCUUUACUAUGACCUAAAUUGAGCAAUUUGUAAAUACUAGACUAUAGAUGCGUUUGGAUCAUGUUCAGUCAUUUUCCACUGAAUAAUCGUUGGUUUUGCAGUUUCUAAGAAGUGAUUGAAACUGAAUUUCUGUUAAUAGAAGGGAAAAUGAGAAAGAAUUGAAGAAGAGCUUCAAUGA